AUGCACUCCGCCAAGACUUUCGCGGCCGUUGCCGCUUUUGCCGCCACGGCUUUCGCUGCUACUUGCAAGGAUGUCACCAUCGAGACCACUGGCCAGGCCAUCUCCUGCGACACCAUCACUGGUGACCUGACUGUCGACGAGGCCCUCGCUGGUGACCUUACCAUCACCGGCCCCAAGACCAUCAAGGGUGACCUCAUUGUCAACAACGCCACCAACCUGCUCUCGCUUACCAGCAGCACCAUCUCCUCCAUCGAGGGCCGUUUCGUCCUGACCAGCCUGAACUCUCUCAACACCAUCAGCAUGGACAACCUCCGAACCAUCGGCAACCUCGAGAUGCAGAAGCUCCCCGCUCUCCGUGACCUCAUCUUCGGUACCGAGGGUGUCACCAAGGCCAGCCAGAUCGAGGUGUCCGACACCUUCCUCUCGAGCCUCAGCGGCCUGAAGAUUUCGUCGGUCGACUCUCUCAACAUCAACAACAACGACCGUCUCACCAAGUUCGAGUCUGACCUUGUCAACAUCACCGACACCCUCAUCAUCACCUCCAACGGCCGUGACAUGGAGAUCUCCAUGCAGAAGCUCGAGUCUGCUGCCGAGAUCCAGAUUGCCAACGUCAAGAGCUUCCAGGCUCCCCUCCUCUCCAACGUCAGCGCCUCGCUCAAGUUCGACAAGUGCGACGAGCUCAAGAGCUUCUCUGCCCCCAACCUGACCUCCGUCAAGGAUGCCGUUUCCUUCAUCAACAACAAGAAGCUCACCAACAUCUCCUUCCCCAUCCUCAAGACCAUUGGUGGCGACCUUCGCAUCGUCAACAACACUCUCCUCAAGACCAUUGACGGCUUCCCCAAGUUUGAGUCUUGCGCUUCCAUCAACUUCGGCGGUAACUUCAACCAGAUCAAGCUGCCCAGCCUCGACAGUGUCGGUGGAACUGCCCAGAUCAGCACCACCACCCAGAACUCGACUGUCUGCGACGACAUCAACGACGCUGAUGACGAUGGAAAGAUCAAGGGCGGUGCCAAGUGCACGUACGACAACGAGAACGCCAACGAGGGUGGUGACAAGGACGGUGGCGAGACCGGCUCCGGCUCCUCCAGCUCCGACUCCAGCAGCGACGAUGACGACAGUGCCGCCGGCAUGGUCGCCAUCAACUCUGCCCUCAUUGGCCUCGGUCUCAUCGCCGGUGUCGCUCAGCUGCUGUAA